CAGAGCCCAAAACAGAAAGUUAGCAGAAUCUUGAGACCAAGUCUGUGUUAGAUCUGCCCGUUAUCUUCAUCUGCACUUUCAGGCUUAAGGCCAAGAACACCGGGAUAUGUAGACCUCGGUUUUCCCCUCUGGAGUCCCCUCACAAACAGGAUACCUCAGUGCGUUCACCUCAGUGUACAGCUCAGCUCAGGAUGAAGAACAUGAGGCUAUUUUUGCUUCCAUGUGUGACUUUAUUCGUCUGUGUGCGGAGUGCUUAUCCACCACCAUGUGACAGUGAGAUUUACUGCUCAGGGCCCAUCUUGCAUCAGGUACAGGAAGCAAAACUGUUCGAUGAUGAUAAGUACUUUGUUGACAUGAAGCUGAAGGAAACUCCUGAUGUAGUUAUUUCAGCUUUUAAAAACCUCUCACAAGAAUCUCCAAACAUCCCGCCUGCUAAACUGCAGGAGUUCCUCAGCAUGUACUUUGACAAACCAGGGACUGAGUUUGAGACAUGGACACCUCCAGACUGGCAUGAAAACCCAAAAUUCCUGGAUGGAAUAGCAGACGAGGAGCUGCGUAAAUGGGCUGUAAAGAUCCAUCAACUGUGGAAAUCUCUCGGAAGAAAGAUCCGCUCCAGUGUUAAGGAUCACCCAGAGCUCUACUCUCAGAUCUACACUCCUCAUCCUGUCAUCGUGCCGGGGGGCCGCUUCAGGGAGCUUUACUAUUGGGACUCCUACUGGGUCAUCAACGGGCUCCUGCUGUCAGAGAUGACAGACACGGCCUUCGGGAUGAUUCAGAACUUCCUCUACCUCGUCAACAGAUAUGGCUUCAUUCCAAAUGGUGGGCGGAUUUACUAUGAAAGGCGAAGUCAGCCUCCGUUCCUCACUCUAAUGGCGGACAGCUACUAUCAAGCAACCAAGGAUGAAGCAUUCCUCAGAGCUGCUUUACCCACUCUGGAGACGGAGUAUCAGUUUUGGAAGCUGAACCGAUCCGUGACUGUGACUGUAAACGGGACAGAGCAUUUACUGAACCGCUACCAUGUUCAGGUGGGCCUUCCCAGGCCUGAAUCCUAUACUGAUGAUCUGGAAUUAGCCGAAGGACUCACCGACGAGCAAAAGGAGCAGCUGUGGAUGGAUCUGAAAGCGGGUGCAGAGUCUGGCUGGGACUUCACUUCACGCUGGUACACAGACAGUGAUGGCCACAACAACGGCACCCUGGGCUCCACCCGCACCAGUCAGAUCCUGCCGACUGACCUCAACGCGCUGCUGUGCCUCUGUGAGAAAACUCUGGCUUCUUUUCACAGGAUACUGGGUGAUGAUGACUCAGCUUCCAAGUACGAGUCGGCUGCAGCCCUCAGACUGCGGGCCAUAGAGGCGGUGCUGUGGGAUGCUGAGAGGGGAGCGUGGUUUGACUACAACCUGGUGACAAAAUCCAAACACUCUGAGUUCUACCCCUCCAACCUGGCACCUGUCUGGGCUCAGUGUUAUUCUCAGCCUGAGAUGGGAGAGAAGGCGGUGCAGUAUCUGAAGAGCAGCGGUGCCCUACAGUUCCCCAACGGAGUUCCAACGUCUCUGAGGGAGUCUGGGCAGCAGUGGGACUACCCUAACGCGUGGCCUCCUCUGCAGCACAUGCUCAUCGAGGGUUUAUCCAAACUGCCUUCAGAAGAUGCUAAAGAGUUAGCGUUUGAUUUGGCUCAGCGUUGGAUCAGGACAAACUGGUUGGCGUACACCAAGUACGACGCCAUGUUUGAGAAGUAUGAUGUGAACGGAGAUGGCAAACCUGGUGGUGGAGGAGAAUAUGAAGUUCAGCUUGGAUUUGGAUGGACCAAUGGUGUUGCCCUGCAACUCCUGGACCAGUAUGGUGCGACUCUCACCUCAGGGAGCGGACGUGUGUCGUCUUUCCUCCUGCUGCCUCUGGUCAUCUCAAACGCCCUCAUGCUCCAGUGAAUCAGAGGUGACAAAAGAGCCUGACUGGAGGCUGGAUUUAUUUUUUCUGUUUCCACCACCCUAAAUCUUUCCCAUCCUCCACCGGAGCUCAAACAAACAUGCACUGACAUGUAGAAAAAGACUUAAGUGUUUAUCUUUUAACAAGGUUUGAUGUUCCUCUGAAUCCCAUCUGAUCAUUUUAAUUAGCAGAAAAAACAGGGUAUGAUUUAUGAUGACUAAGAGUUCCUUGGAUGAAUAUUUUAGUAGCUAUCCUCAGAGGUAAAAAAUCUUUAAUAAUAUCAGAAGCUACGGAUCAUGUAGACGCUCCUGGACUCUCUCCAGUAUCGCAGGCUGUUAGAGCUUCAUGCUGCUCUGAUCACUACAUUAACUUGUUCUAGAUAUUGAACCGAUGUUACAAUUGUUCACAUAAUCAAAUAAAAAGUUUAAUGCCAAACUCCCUCUGAAGCCUCAAUAUGAAUGCAAGAUCAACUUGAAAUGUGAACAUGUGAGGAAUAAAAUAUGA